UAAUACAGAUGAGCAAUUGUCAGCCCUUGGAGAACUUAUGUACCAGUGCCACUACAGCUACAAUGCAUGCGGGCUUGGUUCUGACGGCACAGAGAGGCUGGUUAAUCUAGUGCAAGAAAUGCAGCACAGAAAGACGCCGGAAAAUGGAGGUCCUAAUCUGUACGGUGCGAAGAUUACGGGUGGAGGGUCUGGUGGCUCCGUCUGUGUUAUCGGGAAGAACUGCCUCCAAAGCGCUGAAGAGAUCGCCGAGAUUCAGCAAAGGUACAAGGCGGCCACGGGAUACCUACCGAUCGUCUUCGACGGGUCGUCUCCAGGCGCCGGCAAGUUUGGUUACCUGAAGAUCCGACGGCGGCGUCCCUAGUUGACAAUCCCCGAAUGAAGUGGUCGGCUUUCCAAUCCAUUGUGCCCGGUGAAGUCAGGUUUGUUGAGAGGUCAGGCUGCUGAAUUGAUUGAACACAGAACAUGUGAAGCAGCAAUUCAUUGUGUAUGUGGGACUGCAGCGUGAAUAAUAAUAAGCUCUUUCUCGAGCACGUUUUCUGUA